CCAAGUCCAAUGUCACACACAUCAAUGUCAUCCAAGUCCAAUGUCACCCACAUCAAUAUCAUCCAAGUCCAAUGUCACCCACAUCAAUGUCACCCACAUCAAUGUCAUCCAAGUCCAAUGUCACCCACAUCAAUGUCAUCCAAGUCCAAUGUCACCCACAUCAAUAUCAUCCAAGUCCAAUGUCACCCACAUCAAUGUCAUCCAAGUCCAAUGCCACCCACAUCAAUAUCAUCCAAGUCCAAUGUCACCCACAUCAAUGUCAUCCAAGUCCAGUGUCACCCACAUCAAUGUCACCCACAUCAAUGUCAUCCAAGUCCAAUGUCACCCACAUCAAUGUCAUCCAAGUCCAGUGUCACCCACAUCAAUGUCAUCCAAGUCCAAUGUCACCCACAUCAAUAUCAUCCAAGUCCAAUGUCACCCACAUCAAUGUCACCCACAUCAAUGUCAUCCAAGUCCAAUGUCACCCACAUCAAUGUCAUCCAAGUCCAAUGUCACCCACAUCAAUAUCAUCCAAGUCCAAUGUCACCCACAUCAAUGUCACCCACAUCAAUGUCAUCCAAGUCCAAUGUCACCCACAUCAAUGUCAUCCAAGUCCAAUGUCACCCACAUCAAUGUCAUCCAAGUCCAGUGUCACCCACAUCAAUGUCAUCCAAGUCCAAUGUCACCCACAUCAAUGUCAUCCAAGUCCAAUGUCACCCACAUCAAUGUCGUCCAAGUCCAAUGUCACCCACAUCAAUGUCAUCCAAGUCCAGUGUCACCCACAUCAAUGUCAUCCAAGUCCAAUGUCACACACAUCAAUGUCAUCUAAGUCCAAUGUCACACACAUCAAUGUCAUCCAAGUCCAAUGUCACCCACAUCAAUAUCAUCCAAGUCCAAUGUCACCCACAUCAAUGUCACCCACAUCAAUGUCAUCCAAGUCCAAUGUCACCCACAUCAAUGUCAUCCAAGUCCAAUGUCACCCACAUCAAUGUCAUCCAAGUCCAAUGUCACCCACAUCAAUGUCAUCCAAGUCCAAUGUCACCCACAUCAAUGUCAUCCAAGUCCAAUGUCACCCACGUCAAUGUCAUCCAAAGUCCAAUGUCACCCACAUCAAUGACAAAGUGUUACAAGCUGUUCAGCAGUAAUACCAUCAAGUAAGUUUAUGACAAGUUUCAGUCACUGAAAUCUACCAAUAAUCAACCCACCCCUACUUCUACGCAUUCCUAAAACGUAUGUAUUUCUCGUACAGGCCUAAGAUGUAUGUAUUUCUCGUACAGGCCUAAAAUGUAUGUAUUUCUCGUACAGGCCUAAGAUGUAUGUAUUUCUCGUACAGCCCUAAAAUGUAUGUAUUUCUCGUACAGGCCUAAAAUGUAUAUAUUUCUCUUACAGCCCUAAAAUGUAUGUAUUUCUCGUACAGCCCUAAAAUGUAUGUAUUUCUCGUACAGGCCUAAGAUGUAUGUAUUUCUCGUACAGCCCUAAAAUGUAUGUAUUUCUCGUACAGGCCUAAAAUGUAUGUAUUUCUCUUACAGCCCUAAAAUGUAUGUAUUUCUCGUACAGCCCUAAAAUAUAUGUAUUUCUCGUACCGGCCUAAAAUGUAUGUAUUGCUCGUACAGCCCUAAAAUAUAUGUAUUUCUCGUACCGGCCUAUUUUAUUCAGAAAAUAAUUUUUUCUGUUUCUGAUGCUCAUAUUUGCCAACUGUUCAGUGGAAGUAACAGUGGAAGUAACCCCACAUCUGACAAUCAUACACAGUCUGAACAUGGGGAGAUUAUUCUCGCUG